UUUUGUUCCAAAAAAAUAAAAAUCAGCAAUUAUGCCGAAAACGCAUUUUUCCCCUAACCGGAUGCUGAUGACAAAUGAUGAAAAACUGAAACUCUCGAAGCCUCCGACACGGAUGCAAUUCAAAUCAUCAUCUUCAGAAUCAAGCAGCGACACUUCAUACAGCACGUCGGCAUCCUUGCAGUCAUCGGUCAUUAGUGAAAAGUUAGGGGCCCAGAACGAUCAUUACAUGUUGGAACGAAAAGUUACCUCUGUAGAGCCAUCGAUCUACGGAAACGUGGUCGAGCCUAUUAUCGAAGACAACGAGCUAGAACCUAUAGCAUGUUCAAAAAAGCCAUCGGUCUGUAGGGAAAAGGUCGAGUUUCAAAUGGAUGAUACUUUGUUGGAUCCUCAGCCGUCGUCGUCAAAGACGGCCAAGGACUUCUGCCACAUAAGCUCCCCAUGGCUUAUCGGCGACUCUCAGCUGAAGGCCACCGACAACCUCCCACACAUAAAGGAGCAUAGCAGAACGAAGGCGAACAAAAUGGUGCAGAAGAUAGUGACGAAGACGAAAGCGAAUAUAAUGAUAAACACGGCACAGAAACGCAGAAAAGCAGCUCGCCCUGAUAAUGUUAAAAAAUCACGCGACAUUAUCCAGCGUCUAGAUGAGCGGCUGGAGGCAAUCCAGUCAGCCCUUCAAUCUAUGAUCCGUUUCUCAGUUGAUGAUCAGCCACAGCCAGCAGUGGUUCCGUGUGAUGCUUCUAAAAGAAAUCCCGAAAAUUUACCUGAGGUCGCACCAAACGAUCUUCUUGCCUUUGUGGAAACUCUCGUCCAGGAAUUUUGUGACGUAGUUUCACAGGUGUUCAGCGUGAACUCAUGUCUUUUCACAUGUCUCGUGGUGCUGCUCCUGAUCAGUAUUGUCUUGUGGUUUUACAAGGAAGAAGUCUGGGGGUUCAGCACGGAGGAAGGUCGCUACCAGGCCAAAAUGCGCAAGUCGGGUCCGUUACUUAAGUGCUUGAUCUUUUUGCUGCGGCAACUCAAUGUCCCAAUCUUCUAGGCGUUCGAGAAUUUCAGUUGGCUUCACAUAUUUUAAUAAUAAAA